AUGGCUUCAGGCUCUCGUUACACCCCUCUGGCAGAGGAUGACUUUGAGUCAGAUGACCUGGGUCUACACACACACCCGGCUCCGUCACAGGCACACACCCGUCUAGCUUCGCCUACUGCUACGCUGCAAGCGUACCCAGAAAUUCAAUGGAUCUACGCUGGCGUCGAGUAUGGCUCGUUAGAAGACGCUAUUCGUGCCUCGGCAAACAGUUUAGGGAUCACCAACCAAGCUUACGUCGACUGGACCAUCUCCGUAACAAGGGACAUCACACGGCGUGAAGUAGUCAAUGUCUACAACGUCCUCGGCGGCAAGCUAUAUGAACAUCAGAACGACUUCCUCAAUGAGUGUGACACCACCCACGCCACCUUCAAAGAGUUGGACACGUCUAUGACAGGCCUUCACACCAAGGCUGACACUGCCAGGAACCUCGCUCUCAAAGCCGUCAAAGAGAACAAACAGCUGAAGGCGGAAUUGGUCACUGUCCACGCGGAUCUGGAAGUUCUCAACCGGAACAACACGGAGCUCGUCAAACAGUACAAGGAACUCGCGGCCAAGUUUACACAGUUGGAGCAAGGACUGUCAACCCGCACCACGCUCGGUAUCAUCACCGCCCCGGCUCCUGUCGUAUCACAGACCUCACGUAUCAAGGCAUCAGAACCACCCAAGUACAAGGGCAACAAAGGCUCGGACAUCACUCUCGAACAAUGGUUACAGAAGAUGGGCCUUUGGUUCU